GGUUCAACAAGUUUACAUGUUGCAUGUUAUUAUGGCCAUAAACAAUUAGUACAAGUUUUAUUAGAUUAUGGUGCGUUGCCUUCAGUUAGAAAUUUCCGACAUAAUUUAACACCAUAUGAAGAAGCAUGGCGAUCAUUUACAAAGGACGUCGAUCUUACGUGA